UGAAGGCUGGUGAGAUAAUAAACCAUUAGGAGCAGACGUGCCUCUUUCAUUAAAGUCGAGUUAGGGGAAAUGUGAGCCCGCCCUGUUUUCAGGACUCCAAAAGAAAAAAAAAGAAAAGGAAAGAAGAAGAAGCCCAAAAAAAAAAAAAAUAGGAAAGCGAAGAGAAGGUUUAUGGAAAGAUUCUGUCAGGAUUUGUGGGUAGGAGAAGAAACAACACCACCGAGCCCCCAGAGCAGACGACCGGCUGUACACCAGCACCACCUUCACCACCCACCGGCACCGGCACCAGUCCACUGACUGUACCGACACCUUUGCUACGCCGCGCCGCGCCUUGCCUGCCUGCGCACACACUGAGCGAUUAGAGAGGGAGAGAGAGAGUGAGAAAGAGAGAGAGAGCUUGUAGCCCUCCAUGACAUUGUAGAGACUCCUAGCGUGUACUGUAGAUGACUUUUUCCCCUCCCAGCGGCGUCCUCUGCUAAGUUGCGCUCCUGGAUUGUAAGUGCGUCUCGGCCCGAGUCCUGUCUUCGUCAACCCAGUCCGGACCGGACCUCCGAAGCACCGGCGGACCCGCUCGCUGCACCUACCUUCCACAUUACACAUCAGCCGGAUGAUUUUCUUGUUCCAUAAAGUACAGAUGCUGGAAUCUUUCAGUUGAUUGGAACAAAUAGAAAGCCAGGAAAGAGAGCGAAAAGGAAGAGAAAGGAAGAGCAGAAGAGCAAAGAGAAAGACGAAGAAGAGAGAAGCAAGCAUAAAGUUCUUUGGAAAGAGGAGAGAAAGAAAGAGACGGGGACGAUGGGGAGGAAAAAGAUUCAGAUCACGCGGAUUAUGGAUGAACGCAAUAGACAGGUGACAUUUACAAAGCGAAAGUUUGGCCUAAUGAAGAAAGCCUAUGAGCUGAGUGUGCUGUGCGACUGUGAGAUCGCCCUCAUCAUCUUCAACAGCACCAACAAGCUGUUCCAAUACGCCAGCACAGACAUGGACAAGGUCCUGCUUAAAUACACCGAGUACAACGAGCCCCACGAGAGCAGGACCAACUCGGACAUUGUGGAGACGUUGAGAAAGAAGGGCCUAAAUGGCUGUGACAGCCCCGACCCCGACGCAGACGACUCGGCUUUGAGCAAGAAGGAGAACAAAGGUGGCGAGAGCCCGGAGCUCGAGUCCGCUCUGAUCCUCACCCCUCGCACUGAGGAGAAAUACAAACAGAUUAACGAGGAGUUUGAUCACAUGAUUAAAAGCCAUAAGAUACCUCAGGCUAUGCCCCCGUCCAACUAUGACAUGCCUGUCUCCAUUCCCGUCAGCAACCAGAACAAUCUCAUUUACAGCCAUCCGGGAGGCUCCUUGGGAAACCAUAACCUGCUGCCACUGACACAUCAUGGUCUACAGAGAAACAGCAUGUCCCCCGGGGUUACACACAGACCCCCCAGUGCAGGUAACACAGGUGGCCUCAUGGGCGCUGACCUCACCACUGGCGCAGGCACCAGUGCUGGAAAUGGAUAUGGCAACCACCGCAACUCCCCCGGUCUGCUGGUGUCUCCGGCUGGCAUGAACAAGAACAUGCAGGCAAAGUCGCCUCCGCCCAUGAACUUAGGCAUGAACAACCGCAAACCCGACCUACGUGUGCUUAUCCCGCAUGGCGCCAAGAACAACAUGCCCUCCAUUAACCAGAGAAUAAACAACUCCCAGUCUGCUCAGUCGUUGGCCACCCCGGUUGUGUCAGUAGCAACUCCCACUCUGCCAGGACAAGGCAUGGGUGGUUAUCCGUCAGCCAUCUCCACUUCUUAUGGUACCGAGUAUUCCUUGAACAGUGCAGACUUGUCCUCGCUGUCCGGCUUCAACAGCGGCAGCUCCCUCCACCUGGGCUCAAUGAGCGGCUGGCAACAGCAGCACCUUCAGAACAUGCAGCACUCAGCCCUUGGACAGCUUGGAAAUUGCUCUAGCUCUCACUUAUGUCAGGGUUCAAAUCUCUCCCUGCCCUCUGCUCAAAGCCUGCACAUCAAGUCCGAACCUGUUUCUCCUCCUAGAGAUCGCACCAGCAGCACACCGGGGGGCUAUGGUGGUGGGGUAGCACCUCCCCAGAACCCUUCGUCCCGCCAGGACUCGGGACGCUCCCCGGUCGAUAGCCUGAGCAGUUGUAGCAGCUCCCACGAAGGCAGCGACCGGGAUGAGCACAGGAACGAGUUCCACUCUCCUCUGGGACUGGCCCGGCCCGCUCUGGACGAGCGCGAGAGCCCCUCCAUCAAGCGGGUGCGCCUGUCCGAAGGCUGGGCCACAUGAUAGCAGAGCCCCAACUUACCCCGAGCACCCCCCUCCAACAACAAGACUGCGUUCUGUCAAGCCCCCCAGUCUCCGCCCUCAGUCACAAUCAUCAAAACCUGAAGGACAAGUCUUUUUGUUUUUAUUUAGCUUUUAUUUUUGCUGAGUGUGCGUGUGUGUGUAUGUGUGUGUGCUAAUACAUCAACCAGUGGGCUCUGGGGGUUAGAUGUCAGUCGGGGGGGUCUUGUUUUUGUUUCUUUUCAGUUGGGGAACUAUGCAUCAAUUGCUUUGCGUGUGCAUAAAACAAAUCACAAAUGCAUAUAUCUUUACACGUGUGUACAUAUAUGCAUAUCAACAACAAAAAUAGUCAGGUACUCUGUUUCAUACAACUUGCCAUGGGGAAAUAUGAGUGACUGAAGGGGUGAAAAAAAGACAAAAAAAGAACAUCAACAAGAGAGUGAGUGUGUGAGGGCAACACCUUAGCACUUGACAAACAACACGUGUGUGUACAGUGUCAGUUGCAUCACUAUAUACCUUCUUCUCUGCAGUUCUCCCUUGCAAAAAAGUGUGUGUUAACAUUAGAUGAUGUCAUGUUGCAGGUUCAACGUAUUUAUGUAAAUAGAGGAUGAAGGGGGGGGGUUAAAGAAGUUGCCGGACAUUUCAAGAUUUAUUUACUCGCUAAAGGAAAAGCUAAUAUGCAACAUUUUUGAAGGACUGUACAGGUGAUUAGACCCCAAUAUGUUUGGAACGUUUCAUUUUAGCGGGGUGUGUGGGAGGAAGCGGGGCGAGGACCACCCUCUGAUCCAAGAGUUCAUGUAAUCAACAAGCCUCUGGAUCUAGUAUUAACUAUCAGUAUUAUUAAAGGACAAAAAAAACAGUUGUACGAUACACUUGCUUAUAUUUUCAUAUGAAAGGAAUACAAUGCAAAGCAUUUUGUGGCUUUUUGUAGUUUCUAUAAGCCAGAAUGUGUUUUUUGAUAGCUUUGCUAAUAAGAGAUGGAUAGUGCACCCACACCCAGCUGGGGGAUGAACGGGCGUCGGAGCCCUAAGCCAUGAAAACAGACUGAGAUCCAAUGCUUUGCUGAACUGUUUUAUCUUUGUAGAGGUUUGUUAUUAUUAAACGUGUAUUUCUAAUUAUAUAUAAUAAUGGUAAUAUUAAGAAUCUUUAAAAAAAAAAAUCUGUGAAAUUAACAUGCUUGUGUAUAGCUUUCUAAUAUAUGAAUAAAUAUAAUAAUAAUUUUUCUUUUUGUUGGUUUCUUAGUGGAGUUUCUAUGUGCAGUUGCACAUGUUGUCUGGUUUGUUUCCUUUUGAGCCCUGAGCAAAGCUGUUCAGCUGGUGUAUUUACUACAACUUUUUGGGCUCCAACGCAAGCAGUUAGUCUGGAGGUGAGGACGACACAGAAAUCAUGCCGAAUUACAUCUGAUCCAACAUGCAUUCUAUGUCCCACAUGUUUCAUUUUUAAGCUUAAUUAACUUAUUGAACAUGUUUCAGCUUGUCAUGUACAAGAUCAGGCUGCGCAAUUUCUCCAGGGAACUAUUUAGGUAAUAGAAUUCCACAAAUGGAUGGUAAGGAAUUAUCCCAAAUCAUCUGCAGACCUAAUUUGAUUCUGUGCCUCCUCAUGUUCCAUUCUUUUACAAUAAAACAUCAUUUAGUUCAAUUGUGACAGCUACAUGAGGGAAAUUUGAUCAUGCUGGUAUAUGGGAGAAGCACAAUUUGUGAUAAAUAGCUGUUUAGACCCAAACCUCAUAUCUCUGCCGCCUGAGUCCUGUAUCUGCUGUCAUUUAAGUGUGAUAUUUCAGUGUGCAUAUAUUUCAUGCAGGUUCACUAUGUUGUUACUGUAUACAGUCUGUGCAUUCAAACAGGGGCAGAGCCUCUAUAGCAGUGUUCUUCUCACUCUUGGGUUGUUUUUUUUUUAAUUCUAUACAAAAAAAGCUGAGAAAAAAAAACAUGUUUGAGGCGAGCGAGUGUGGAGAAACCAAAGCCAAUGGCAUUUGUGUGUUGUAAACUUUUUAUUUUCACAUUCAUUUAUGGUUUUUUGCAAGCAUUGAAACAAGACAAUAAAAAAUGUUCAAAUGUACAAUCGCUUUCACACUUCAAUUCAAGUCAAAGUAACAAUUUGUGUGCACUGGUUUCACGUGUGUAUUUAUUAUUUGCUGUUCUAGAAUCCCAAUUCUGAGAAUGCAUGCGUUAAGAAGUCACAUUUCACACUAAUGACCAUCUAUUUAUAUUCACUUCCAGCUUGAACUGAUGCCAACAUGUCCUGGUGAUGAAUUAGUGUUGAAAUUAACCAAAGACAUGUAGCAUAUUAUCGAUUUUCUCUUCUUUUUUGUUGUUGUUAUAGAUGCAUUUGAACCAUUUUUCAUCAUCUGUUGAUCAGUUGUGUUGUCAUUGAGAAAAGAGAUUAAAAAGAAUGCUGGUACCUCCAAAUGACCCAAGCAGUACCUCAGCUGAUGUAUUGUCAAGUCACUUUGCAGUGCAAAAACACAAAGAGACAGCAUCCACCUGUACAGCCAUGUGUAAUAACAUAUACCAUCCCUCUUUGUUGUUCCACGUUCUGUGGUUUAUUUAAAUCUUAAAGGGACUUUGUUUUCUGUUCAAAUGCUUAAAACAGUCAGUCUGUAGUAUGAAAUGUAGCUUGUAAAAACCCAGAGACGUGGGGCGGUUUGGUUUUUUUUUGGUUUGUUUUGUGCAGAAUAUGAGCGGCUUGCAGCGGCAUAAGCUGGCCUUUGUCGCCACUGGAGACUAAAGGUGAUGGUGUUCACUGAAAGUCCACAUGUGUGGAACUCAAGGGACUGGAUUGAGCUGUGUGUAGUUUAUUUAGGGGCUGGAAUUAAAAGAAAAGCCAUGUCUGCUGAGAGGCAGUUGACUUGUUUGUACUUUGCAGAGAUUUCAGUAAACUUACUGGCUUUC